CCUCAGCGCGUCACGGCGGCCAUCUUGCUUCCCAGCCAGCCGGCUUCCAGGAGAACACGUUGCCUGUGUGAGAAAACAGAAAGAAAAGCUCAACUUUAACCCUGAACCGUCGGGGUUUCGGCUGUUGUUUCUCUCCAGCCGGGUGGAAGGAGCUGUAGAGGGCUCCUCAGGUGCUAGCGUCCGUCAUUCCAGCCCUCCACCAUGGCGGAUAAAAACACCAGGAUCGCCAUCGUCAACCACGACAAAUGCAAACCCAAGAAAUGUCGUCAGGAGUGCAAGAAGAGCUGCCCGGUGGUCCGCAUGGGUAAGCUGUGUAUCGAGGUGACUCCACAGAGUAAGAUCGCCUGGAUCUCAGAGUCUCUGUGUAUAGGCUGCGGCAUCUGCAUCAAGAAAUGUCCGUUCGGAGCUUUGUCGAUCGUCAACCUGCCCAGCAACCUGGAGAAGGAAACCACACACAGAUACUGCGCCAAUUCCUUCAAACUGCACCGACUGCCGAUCCCGCGGCCCGGUGAGGUUCUGGGGCUGGUUGGGACCAACGGUAUCGGAAAGUCCACAGCUCUGAAGAUCCUGGCUGGAAAACAGAAACCCAACCUGGGCAGAUUCGAUAAUCCUCCAGACUGGCAGGAGAUCUUGACCUACUUCAGAGGUUCUGAGCUGCAGAACUACUUCACCAAAAUCCUGGAGGACGACCUGCGGGCCAUCGUCAAACCGCAGUACGUCGACCAGAUCCCCAAGACCGUCAAGGGGUCAGUAGGGUCCAUCCUGACCAGGAAAGACGACACAGACACACAGACCAUCGUCUGUAAACAGCUGGAUCUGAGUCACCUGCGAGAGAGGAACGUGGAGGAUCUGUCCGGAGGAGAGCUGCAGAGGUUCGCCUGCGCCGUCGUCUGCAUCCAGAGAGCCGACAUUUUCAUGUUCGACGAGCCGUCCAGUUACCUGGAUGUGAAACAGAGGCUGAAGGCCGCCAUGACCAUCCGCUCACUCAUCACCCCCGACAGGUACAUCAUCGUGGUGGAGCACGACCUCAGUGUGUUGGAUUAUCUCUCUGACUUCAUCUGUUGUCUGUACGGAGUCCCGAGCGCCUACGGAGUCGUUACCAUGCCCUUCAGUGUUAGAGAGGGCAUCAACAUCUUCCUGGACGGUUACGUUCCCACGGAGAACCUCAGGUUCCGCGAGACCUCGCUGGUCUUCAAGGUGGCUGAGACGGCCAACGAGGAGGAGGUGAAGAGACUCCGGCACUACCAGUAUCCAGAGAUGACGAAGACGAUGGGAGAGUUCAGUCUGGAGAUCAAAUCCGGAGAGUUUUCUGACUCUGAGAUCAUGGUGAUGCUCGGAGAGAACGGCACGGGGAAGACGACCUUCAUCAGGAUGUUGGCUGGAAGUCUCAAACCCGACACGGGAGGUGACGUUCCCGUCCUCAGCGUCAGCUACAAACCUCAGACCAUCAGCCCAAAGUUCAAGGGCAGCGUCAGAGCUCUGCUGCACGAGAAGAUCAGAGACGCCUACACCCACCCUCAGUUCAUCACCGACGUCAUGAAGCCGCUGCAGAUAGAGAGCAUCAUCGACCAGGACGUGCAGAACCUCUCUGGUGGAGAGCUGCAGAGAGUCGCUCUCACUCUGUGUUUGGGGAAACCGGCCGACGUUUACCUGAUCGACGAGCCGUCGGCCUACCUGGACUCUGAGCAGAGAUUGAUGGCCGCCAGGGUCAUCAAGAGGUACAUCCUCCACGCCAAGAAGACUGCGUUCGUGGUGGAGCACGACUUCAUCAUGGCGACCUAUCUGGCCGACAGAGUCAUCGUGUUCGACGGUAUUCCCUCCAAGACGACCGCGGCUAACACUCCUCAGGGUCUGUUAGCCGGGAUGAACAGAUUCCUGUCGCUGUUGGAAAUCACAUUCAGAAGAGACCCGAACAACUUCAGACCACGCAUCAACAAGUACAACUCCAUCAAGGACACGGAACAGAAGAAGAGUGGAAACUACUUCUUCCUGGACGACUAAGACGACUUCCUACGUGACAAAAACUGACUUCCUGCGACGCAUUCAGGGGCUGCGUUCAACAUGCAGCCGUGACAUCUUAUAACACGUGGCAGAUAUGUUUAAAAAAGAUAUAUAUCAUAUGAAUCUUUAAAGAUUAAAAACAUCAGCCUUUUAUGCACCAAGCUGCAUUCAAAAGCAAACAAUGUCGUGAAUCGUUUAAAAAUGAAAACAAAGUGCAUUGCAUUCGUUGUCGGUGAGCCUGAACCCUCGGGGCUGCGUUCACAAGACGGCGAGUCAGAGAUGUUGUGGAACAUUAAGCAGCAUAUUUUAUCACUCAUACAUUUACAAGAAAUGAAAAUAAACUGAUGCUACCUGAUCCAAGAACAGUUUCUAUCUUCAUUUAUGUUUCUCAUACUACUAAAUUUAUAAUACUACUACUAUACCACUGGAACUACUCAAUGGAAAAUACAACUACUUCUACUACACCACCACCUAUACUACUACUACACUCGAUGCUGCUAUACUAUGACUUUAUUCAACAUUCUAUACCAUAGUAUAGCAUGAC